UUUCGAAAAAGCCAUUACGGGAAGUUAUAUUAACCAAUAGAAAGCCUAAACCAAAGCAGAAAGGAGACUUAAUCAGCCCCUCUUAUUUUUUUGCGAAUGAUUGUCUAAAAGUGUUUUAUCUUGUGGCCUGAAGAUGGUGAGCAACAGUGAGAAGUACCUGUUAUAGAAACAUUCACAUCAUCACAUCCAUUUCCACACACACACACACACACUCUUCUUACCACAGCUGCUUGAGCUGCUUUUACAUUCCUAUUCCUUUGCUCUGAGGAACGUCUUUGCACAUUUGGUGCAACAAGAACCAUGGACCAUGUUAAAUUCAAUAGCAGCAGCAACAACAGCAGAUGCUCACCAUUACCCCCAAUCGGCAAACUACAGUCACCUGUACAGAACAAUAGCAAUGGUGAUAACCCUCUCGGCAGCAUCAGCAGCAAUGGUCGCCACAGCAAGCCUCUCUACCAUCACAGCUAUCUUAGCAGUAAAUCUAGUGUCUCUAUGACAGGUGUUAAAAACUUGAAGAACACCUGUGGUAAAUUCAGUGGCAGCAGUAGUCUGUUAAAUGGGGCUACAGGCAGCGGUAGUAGUGAUGGUUGUAGUGCAUACAGUGUGUCGAUGAAGGCCAACAGUAGCUACUUGAAGCUCUACGGCACUGCCAGUCAUAAUAACAGCAUCAGUUCGUCAUUGACAAAUGCAGUUUCUGGUAACAGUCACUGCAGUCAACAGCAUCUACAACAUCGACAGCAGCAGGCCGUGGCCACAGUAGCUACUUCAAACGCAGUCGUCAAAACUAACAGUCCAAACAUAAACCUAGUUCUGAAUCCGAAACCAAUAUUGGAAGCUGCGGCGGCAGAGAAAGAGAAAGUACAAGAAAAAAUGGGAAAUGGCAAUGAUGAUGAUGAUGACGAGGACGACGACGAAGAUGAUGGUGUUGAUAACGAUGACGAUGAUGAUGAUGAUGAUGACGACGAUGAUGAUGACGAUGAUGAUAAUCAUGAUGAUGAUGAAGGAGGAGGAGAGGAAAUGGGGAAAAGUGAUAAAAAAUUGGAAGGAAUGAUUGAAAAUUAUGUAAAGGUAGAGAAAGAAGAGCAGACAGAGGGUGGAGACAAGCAACUCCAGCCAAAUAGCAACACCCCAAGUACAGGUAAAAGUAGUAGUUCUGCUUCUGUUGAUGGCAGUGCUACAGCAUCUAGUCUCAGUCUGAAGGAAAGAGAAAGCAUCUAUGAGUGGUCAUAUGAUGAGCCAGAGGAGGAAAGCAAUCAGCCAUACAAAACCAAGUACCAAUUAUUCUCACAUCUACGCAAGAGCAACAUUGAUCGACCAUUCAAAUGUGUGCACUGCGAGAAGUGCUUUGCAACUACCUCACACUUAAAGUCGCACGUGCGCACACACACGGGGGAAAAGCCACACAAAUGUCACAAGUGUCCACGUGCAUUCUCAGAACAGUCGUCACUGAAGAGGCAUUUGCGUCUGCACAGCGGAGAGCGUCCAUAUGUCUGCCUGCACUGCAGGGAGUCGUUCUACAAUCAGACUUCGCUGAAAAACCACCUGGCCAAGCACACAGGCGAGAAGCCGUACAAGUGUCUGAAAUGCCAAAAGUCCUUUAUUCAUGCCUCCCACUUGAAGUCACAUCUUCGCACCCAUACGGGUGAAAAACCAUUCAUGUGUCUCGAGUGCAAUCGACCGUUUUCAGAGCGCACAUCGUUACGCCGUCACAUGCGUAUCCACACAGAUGAAAAACCGUACACUUGCAAGCAGUGUGGCAAAGCUUUUCAUAACCAGUCUUCACUGAAAUAUCAUGUCACUAGCCAUGACUCCCAGAACAAUGACCAGACCAACAACACCGAGGACGGUAAGGACAAUAGCAAAAAAAAAAACAACCGUUCUGCAAAAGCUAACAAAUCAUCAAAACGAGGUGGAACUCGAACUAAUGCAAAAGGUACAUUUAAAUGCAAAGAAUGCAACAAGUCAUAUGUUGAUGAAUCCAACCUGAAGCGACAUACUUCUUUACACUCAGGAGAGCGAUCUUUCAAGUGUUUACGUUGUGACAAGGCUUUCUUUAGCCAAGCUAGUCUUCAACAGCAUGUACGUACUCACACUGGGGAGAAACCAUAUUUAUGUGUCCAUUGCAGCAAGAAGUUUUCACAGCAUUGUGAUCUGAAGCGGCACCUACGUACCCACACAGGAGUACGUCCACAUCAAUGUCCCCAUUGUGAGAAAGUGUUUUGUGAGCACUCUUCCCUAAAGAAUCAUUUAGCUACUGUCCACACAAGCAAAGAACAGCAGUCUGAACUGUGGCACUGUUCUUACUGCGCUGAAAGCUUUCCUGAUGAACUGACACUUCAGCAGCACAUGCAUAGUGCGCAUAAUGCUACAACCUUGCAACCUCCUGCUGAUGAGACCUCUGUGCAACGAAGUUCAACACCAUUGAGGUGCAGUGAGUGCGGUAAAGAUUUUUCGCAGAGUUCUCAAUUAGAAGAACAUUUCUCUGCAUGUCAUCAGCCUGCCAGCAAAAAGAUUACUUCAUCUCCCAGUAAUCCUGUUAACACAUUGACCCAAAAGUCACCUUUCACGUGUGUCUAUUGCGGGAAGGCGUUCAGUCAUCGCACUUCUCUCCAGCGCCACAUUCGCAUCCACACGGGUGACAACCUGUACAAAUGCACUCAGUGCAGCAAAUCGUUCUGUCAGAAGUCCUCCUACGAGUAUCACAUUACCAUUCACUCGGGAAUCAAACCUUAUGUGUGUGUCACGUGUGGUAAAGGAUUUGCACAUCAGUACGGGUUGCAUCGUCAUGUACGUACACAUGCUGCAGAGGUCGCGGCUGAGGAUGCCUCUAACAACUUGAACGUUUUAGUUAAAAAAGAAGACGAGGAUGAGGAGGAUGACGACGAUGACGACGAUGAUGAUGACGACGAUGAUGAUGACAAUGAUGAUGAUGACGAUGAUGAGGACGAUGACGAUGAUAAUGAUGAUGAUGACGACAAAAAUAAUGGCAAUAAUAAUGAUAGCAAUAAAAAUAACAAUAUCCAGAUGGAUACGUUGCAAAUGUCAAAAUCUGCUUUAAUUUCAAAUCCUUCCCAAACUGUGUCUAAUGGGUCAAAGAUAGGUCCUUUGGCGCAUCCACCUCACCCAUCACACUCCUCACACAGGCAUUUACCUAUUCAUCUUAAUCAGUCACAACAGCAACAAAAUUCUCAACAAAAACAGCCCUGUUUAAACUCACAGCAAGCACUCCAUCAUCAGCAGCAGCAUCAUCACCAUCAUCAACAACAAUCACAAAUUCAGCAUCAACAACAACAACAACAGCAGCAGCAGCAAGUAACUGGACAACAACAGAAUUAUGACAAUGUUGAUUUUAACCUUUGUUUGGCUACAAAUAUUUCUAUCAACUCCACUUCUACAAGCUGACUGGGUGCUGACACGGUGGGCUAGGGAACUGAACUUCUGAGCAUAAGCUAUUCACCAUCCUCACCCGGAAGAGAGAGAGGUGUAGAUAUAUAUCUGCUUAUCUAUCAAUUCAUUAUUUCUUAAACCAUCUAACUCUAUGUCUAAACCACAUUUAACUGUUUUAUCCUGUCUACCUGUCCGUCUAUUUUUUAAUGUCUAUUUAUUUGCCUAUUUCUGGCUAUUACCUAUCAACCUAUCUAGCUAUUUAUGUGUAUGUAUGCCUAAACAUUAGUGCGGUUCUAUCUCCAACUAUAUUUCCUCUCACCUAUUACUAUUAUCAGAUUUUAAACCAAGGUUUUCAUUACAUUUUCUUGGUUAAAUAUACCAAAUUAGAAUUGGUUUUUUUUUUUUCCUUGUUUUGAUUUCUUUUCUCUACUCUUAGUUUAUUCCCCACCAUCUUUUUUUUUCCUAUGGGUCGUUUGGUUCUGCGAAGUCAGACCUUUUCAAUUACUACACAUGACAUGUAUAGUUGGGUGCUAAUAUUUGUUUGACACUUUACUUUGAAGUAGAAACCGAAUGAAUAAAGCAAGCAACCAGGGCGAGAAGAAUGUGUUACUUGAGAUUGAACUUGUGAUUAUGAUCAUCAUACAAUCAUUAGGCCAGUUUAUCAUGUAUGUGGGCAUCUAAAAGCUCAUUUAAGAUUAAAAAAAGUAAAGUGGAGUAAGAUAAGAUAAUAACCUUGUCUUCACUCCUCAUGUUUUAAGGAGAGCUGUUGGGUCAAGAGUGAGCUGGAAAAUUGUCCAGUUGAGUUGAGUUUUCGUUGCCACUACCACACUACUUUCAACUGCUUUUGCCUUUUUCUGUUGCAUCCAAAGAUCAUCACCAUGCAUCUAAAUAGAAUAGCUAUGCGUGUCUUUAUUGUACUAAGUAAAAUGAUUAAAACCUUGUGUCAUAUUUUGCAGUGAAAUACUACCAUGGAAAACUGGGAUAGUUUGACCUUAUGACCUUUUAGGUUAGUGAUAGUAAUCCAUCUUUCUCCCAAGCAAAACCUAAUCUAUUGAUGUAAAUGACUUUUCCCUAAGGACACAAUGAAAUGCCAGCAGCUGAAAUCGAACCUAUUAUAUUUAGAUUAGUAUACCAGCAAGCUUAAAUUCCCUCAGACAAAAUGUUCUUGGUGUUGUUGAUUGGUAGAGAUUGGUAGAGAUAGCUUGAGUAGUUAGCCAAUCACAUCUUAUCCUAGGUUCUAUACACUCCACUUUUAUGUUGUUCCACCUUUUACUUUUGACCAGUUUGUGAAUUUUAGAAUGAAGAAUGCUUAGGA